GCGAGUUUUGAGUCCCUGUGCAUUAGAAGUGAACGGGACCCGGAGAAGCAUGCACGAAUAAAAGAGUCUCUCUCCACUGCCCAUUCUCUCUGGUCUUUGGCAGAUCAAGAGGCUACUGUUAGCCAAUGCGUUGAUUGCUUUAUAUCCCGGAUGGGUGAGCCUGAGCUAAAUGCUGGGGGGUUGAAAAUGAGCAAGUGGUACGAGAUGGUGUCGUUCGAUAACCUCGGAGAACUUGAAAAAGCACACCUGUGGUCGUCAUCGGUUGAAGACAAUUUGUAUUUUGUCACUGUGGCAGAGAAUUUCGGACCUUUCUCGGUGGUUGCUUUGAUAGCCAAGCUGCUCUCCCCGUUUCUGGAUGGAAUGCGCGAGGAGCAUACUGCAUACACAAGAGACAAAUGUGGUCAUUACCUGGCUAGGCGCAUUGGUUCAUCCUUGGCCCGCAAGGAUUUCAUGGCCAACCUCAUUGACAAAGUUGAGUCCAAUGAGAUGGAGCGGGAAGAGCUCACUGCCCACACAUCUACCCUGGUCUGGAAAAAUCAUAUCCUUUCUCUUUCUUCUGAUUUUCUGAGUCCUGGAGUUAGACCUGCCGGCGGGGAGGUAGGAAUUCGUAUCUAUCCUCCAGGCUCCGAAGGCUUUCCUCUAGUGUCUCCCAAAGUUUCUAUCGACGGAUCUGGGUCCCCGCCGGUGGAGGUAGAAUUUCUCCCGACAGCCCACAAAAUGCUGAUCGUCUGUGCAUUCUGCAGGCCGAAGUUCACAAAAAUGCGCGGACAAACAAGUGCGUGGAUAGUCACCCACGGCGAGGCUAACUUCCAUGACCCCCACACUUUCAAGCCGGAGCCGUGCAUCGAUCCAGACGGCGCCGAUAUCAAGGAGGCUAGUCAGCCGUACUCUUGGCGCUCGAGCCUGUCGAGGGCG